AUGGAUGUUGGAGUGCAAGAGCAUCACAAUUGGAGUGGAAAUCUUAAUAAGGUUGGUAUCCCUAGACCUAUCAUGGAUCAAAUACACAUAGCUUCGAAUUUAAUGAUCAAAAGGGAAUUGCAAAAUGCUAUAAGAGAUGGUAAGGAUGGAAAUGAAUGA